AUGCAGAUUGCCCACCUCCUAGCCCUCAGCGGCCUCAUGCUCGCAACCACCGCCACCGCUGGCGGGGAGCUCGACCGCAACGACGUCCCCAGCCCCUGCUGGGAGCCGUGCGGCCCCGUCGUCAACAUCUCGCACGCCUGCGACGCCCAGACCGACAACGACCGCGCCGAACUCCAAUGCGUCUGCGGGUGGGACCGCGCCGCCACGCUCAUCCCGCUGUGCGAGGCCUGCAUCGGGUAUUACCGGACCCAGCAGCAUCACGAUCACGAUCACGAUGAUGACCAUGACGAUGACAACGAUGAUGAUGAUGACAAUGACAAUGACCGACACGAUAACGACGCAUACGAUAUCCUGACCUCAUGCUCCCUUUCAACCACCACCUGGAACCCGGCGGCUGCGACCUCGGUGCUGAGCGCGGUGAAUGCGUCGAUGACUGGGAGUGGGAAUGCGACUGCUAGUGCUAGUGCGAGUGCUACUGGGGCGGGGGCCGCGGGUACGACUACUGCUGCUGCUGCUGGGACGGGGGGAGGUCGGGAUAGUGUUAGUAUCAGCGGUGGUAGUAGUGGUGCGACUGGUCGGGGUGAUUCGGGUACAGCGACGGGCGCGAUCUCUGCGGAGGGGGCUCGAGUUUCUGAUAAUGCGGCGGUGGGCGUGGUGGCGGGUCAUGGGGCUGCGUCUUUUGCGGCUGUUGUUGGGGUGGGGGUUCUUGCUUUGUUAUGA